CAUUUCUUCUCUAAGAUUCUUAGCAUUUCAAAGAGUUCUUAGAGAGCAGAGAGGGAAGCAAGAAAAAAAAAUUGCAGCAAAGAGAGAGACUAGAAGAAAUUUGAGAUGGGGAGAUCUCCUUGUUGCGAUGAGAAUGGCCUCAAGAAAGGACCCUGGACCCCUGAAGAAGAUCAAAAACUUGUUGACUACAUCCAAAAACAUGGACAUAGAAGUUGGCGAGCUCUCCCAAAGCUUGCAGGCCUUAACAGAUGCGGCAAGAGCUGUAGGUUAAGGUGGACAAAUUACUUGAGGCCGGAUAUCAAGAGAGGAAAAUUUUCAGAAGAAGAAGAAAAAACAAUUCUAAAUCUCCAUUCCGUUCUUGGAAAUAAAUGGUCAGCUAUUGCAAGUCACCUCCCAGGCAGGACAGAUAAUGAGAUCAAGAAUUUUUGGAACACCCAUUUGAAGAAAAAGCUGAUUCAGAUGGGAUUUGAUCCAAUGACCCACCAACCAAGAACUGAUAUAUUUGCUAGCUUGCCUCAUCUGGUGGCCUUAUUGAAUCUGAAAGAUCUUUUGGACCGUCAUCCAUUAGAUGAACACGCCAUGAGAUUACAGGCGGAAGCUAUCCAGUUAGCUAAGCUUCAAUAUUUACGGUAUCUUCUCCAGUCAGCAACUUCAAUCACCUCCAACUCUUAUACCCAGAAUGGCACUACAGACAUGGAGAUUCUGAGUUUGUUAAGUCAAAUUCCUGUUAUGAAAGAAACACCAUUAUUAAAUUCAUCACAGCUAGAGAAUAUUAAUCCAGCAUCAUCUAAUCCCUUUGGAAUUGCUACCUCUCAACCACUUCACUAUUCAAAUCUAUUACCUCAAUUGUCUGACCCACAAGUCCCUUUCAACUGUCAACCAUCUUUGAAUAAUGAAAUGGGCCAAGCUGCCACCUUAAGUGCAAUGCUCAACGACGGUGAUAACAGUAACCCAUCUGAUUCUUCGUGGGUUCUCCGAUCUCCUACUCCUUCCAUUCCUCCAACUGUAACGGAUACAUCAAUAAGCAAUAAUCUAGGUGAUGCAAGUAGCACGUCUAGCUAUGGCGGAGGAACUUCUUCCUACUGGCCUGAAUUCUUCCUUGACGAUUCUAUUAUGCAUCAGAUUUCCUAGUUACUGUUUCAUUUCCUUGCGUUUGAGUCGUUGAUCCUUUGAAUAAUCAUAGAAUUUCUAAAUAUACAUGCACAUACACACAUACACAUGUGUAAAGACAUAUAUACAUAGUACGCAUGCAUCAAUUUAUGCUUGUACACAUAAUGUAUGGUCAUCAUGGAACUAGCUUGAAAAUUUUGUUCCAUUUAGUACAAGGUCUGUUGUGUUUCUAACAAGAACUAGCAAUAAAAGAAAACUUGAUGAA